AUGGCCGCUGUUGCGCCGCCUACGUCAGUUGUCAAUGGCAGUCAUGACUCGGAGAGAGAUCAACAUACGGAACAUAGCCCUUCCCGGUUUACGGCUGUCAACGGAAGAGAUGCCGCCGUCACCACUGGGUCGGCGCCAACUUCUAACAGUGCACCCAAUGGCAAAGAUGACCGCCGUGAAGGAGUCGAAAAUAGUUGGGGAACGAGCGGAUACAGUGCCCCAUCACGACAGGAUGAGCGCCUGCGAGACAACGGAAAUUCCGGUCAAGAUCAGGAAGACGGAAAUUCUCAACGGUCCUCGUCUCGAGCAGGUUCAGUUGGUGCGAACAGGAACAAACGUAAGAGGUCGGAAUCUGUUGAACGGCAAAUAUCCCCUCAGAAUUCAUCUCAGGGUCGUAGCCUUCCAAGAAGUCCUGGUCUUCGGCUAGAAGAAAAUGUUGAUCCACAAAUACAAUCAACUGGCGCGAACGGAUGUAACCCUCUUCAUCCGAGCCCUGAGCCUCAAAACCCAUCAUCGGCGAGCCAUCCUCGCAUGGAUGGCACAGAAGAUCCCAGAGCCCCUACAACAAACGCUUCCUGGCAAGAUUAUGAUUCACAUUUGAUUAGCCAGGCGCAAAAAGCGCAAAAUCUCGAUGCGUCCGAUGCGCAACUUGCAGAGGUCCUACAACGCGAGGCACAAGGUACCGAUUCCGAUCAACAAAAAGUUUGGGGUGUGGUAAAUCGAUCGGCAGAGACGUCUGGGGAGGUGGAUCCAAAGUCUCUUCCAACCUACUCCCAGGAAAAACCGCAGGCUGCUGUUCAAGUGGCCCCCAAGAGGAAGCGUGUUUUCAGUAAUAGAACCAAGACCGGAUGCAUGACGUGUCGAAGGAGGAAGAAGAAAUGUGAUGAACAGCACCCUGCAUGUAACAAUUGUAUUCGUGGAGGUUUUCUCUGUGAAGGCUACUCAUCACGAAGCACAUGGCAAAAACCGUCGAAUGCAAAAGGGCCGGUCCCUCUGCAGUCAAAAGAAGGUUACACUGAUGCCAACAGUCACUAUAUCCAGGACAUGAGUCCCCAGCACCAUGAUAGACCCCCCGCAGCAACCCAGCAGCUUGAGGCGAGCAAGGUUAGACCAAUUGUCGUUGAGGAUGGUGACCGUUCGGCCCCCCAGUACAUGACGAGUCCAACAGGUGUUGGAUCUAAUCGCGGAUCUUGGUCUAAGCGAAGUUGGCCAGGUGCCAGUCACCCAGCCUACCUCUCGGAGCACAUGACGAAGUCAGACUAUCGCGAAGUACCACCGAUCCACGAGCUGUCGCGGGAAGGGCAACCAAAGACUGAUUACCAAGUUGUUCCUUCUAUUCGUGAGCUUUCGCAGCAUGGCGCACAUCCCAAGCCUGGAAUACCGAUUUUCCAAGGCGGCGUAGAUCAACGACCACCUCAUCCAAGCAAUGUGGAUACCAACAGCCCACAGGCGCAGGCCAGAAUGGCACUCAGUAUUGAGCAUCAAUUGUCCACACGCCCAGGUCCGGGCGAGGAAUCAGAAAGGGAUAAAAUGAUCCGGGGAGAGCUCUAUCGACCCUUUGAUAUGCAAUUAGUCGAGGACAGAGAUCGCUGUAAAGCAGCGCUGUGGAGGUUCAACAAUGCGUGCAACCCUAAUUCGGGAGUCAGUGCCAAGGAACAGAACCGUUUGCUUAAGGAGGUUCUGAUACCUCCUGUCACAAACUCUCCUUCUGGUUCUCCAUCCAAUCGACCGGUGGGGUCAAUUGGCCAAGGCGCGGUUGUUGAAGCACCUUUCAGGUGUCACUAUGGUUAUAACAUCCAUAUUGGAGAAGAUGUGAUGAUAUCAGAAAACUGCUGUCUGGUUGACGACUGUCCUAUUAAUAUUGGUGCUCACACCUGGAUUGGGCCAAAUGUCACCAUACUGGGAUCUAUGGCCCACGCCAACAUGCAAGAACGGAAAGGCUCACAGAGUCGUUAUCAAGGUCGCCCGGUUACUAUUGAGGAGGAUUGUUACGUUGGAGCUAACUGUACGAUUUAUCCCGGUGUUCGUCUUCGGCGGGGUGCAUAUGUGGCUCCAGGUGAGGUAGUUAAGUCGGAUAUUGUUGCAUAUGGGUUCCAAGGACUCAAGCCCAGCUACAUAUCACCUCAAAGGGCAGCUCAACAAGAUGUGUCGCAUUUCCAACCGGAUCAUAAACAUCAGGAAAGCAUGCUUAUCACCAACUAG